AUGACAUUAAGAGAACGGUUGGCUGCAGUGCUGCCAGAGGGUGAGCAAUUUAACGUUGUGCAGCUACAGAGUAUUCCAGCAGAAUGUUUACCUCUAACUUCUCUACAAAAUACAGAUAAGACGGCAUCCGUGGAGACAAAAACAGUUAAUACGCAGCACUUCUUUACAUUAAGUCAUAAUGAAAAGGUAUUCUAUGCAUUAGAACUUAUCAUCUACAUUGUCAUUGAUGAAAAGAAUGGUACUGCAGAGAGAAUUGUCUUUAUUUCAAAAGCUGACACGAAUGGUUAUUGUGAUGCAAAAGUUAGUAUAGGACAAGUUACGCAAAGUAUCUUGGACUAUAUUCUUGCAAUUGACCCCAAAUACUAUUUAAAAAGGGUUAAAAAAAUGCAUCCAGAUUUGGGUGGUUAUUCUGAUCUGAUAACACCUACAACAACUACCAAACGUGCGUUGCAAAUCUUAUCUGAAAGAUGCAAAAACGGGCAGUACAAUAAAUCUUAUAUUAAGGAAGAAGAUCUUUUCUUAUCCAUUAACUGCCAACUCCCCAUUAAAACAAAGAUCGCCCUUUUCACACGACCUGAACCACAAUAUCUGUUCCCGGAUUCCUCUAAAAACCCCAAAAAACACAUCUUAUCAGGAGAUCAGCUACUUAAAUGGUGGUUAUCAAUAAUCGACACAUUAAUCGUUCGUCACUUUUCAACAGCAGAUACUAAAGCAACGGUUCAAAUCCCAGGAGAAGAUAAAUCAAUUAUUAAACAUUACUUCAGAAAUACCUCAUUCAAAAAUUGGGAAGUAGGCAAUAUCAUGAGUAAUAACCCAAAUGAUUUGGCAAUCAAUAAAAUACCAAUUUAUCCGGAUGAUCCAAAGGGUAGAUUCCUUGAAGAAUUGCAAGAAGACGCACCAAAAAGGCUUGAAAAAAUGAAAAUAUUAUCCUUUUGGGUAGAGCUUCAAGCUCGCCAAGAAUUUAGACUAGGCGUAGUAGUCUCAGUCAUUGGUGUCUUUGGUUCCUACAUUUCCCCUUACAGCAUUAAAAAUCCUUCCUCCGAAGACACCGUAAUACCACGAUCACUCAAAAUUUACAACUCCAUUAAACAUUACAUAACUGCAGAAGACUACUCCACAGUAAGAGGUGCCUCAGAAGCUCACAGAAACAUCAGAGACUUCCUAAAACUCUACUAUCUGCCCCAAAUCAUUUGUAUUGAAGGGUCGUCUCAAGAAAAUCCUCAUCUCAUCACCGCCUCCCCUAAUAACCCUAACUCUAAUAACCCUACAAAAACUACAAAAAACACCAUCCGCGUUAAACCAAACCAUCCUGAAAAACGAGUUCCAGUAAUAAACAACCUAAACAACCUCCUAGUUCGGAAAAAACCUCGAAUUUAG